UUAACGCGUUAUUGUAAUACUACACUGAGGUAUCGUGAGCUAUAGACAUGCGCCAGUCUGAGCAGUUUAGGUAUCACGGAUGUUUGGCAUAAAAAACUAUGAAUAGGUCCGUGCUAUUUUACUGUUCGUCUUUAUUUGCAGUAAUUUCUUUCGCUGUGAAAGAAUAAGUAUUUAUGUAAGAUUUGAGGUUUUCACAGCGAUGGUGGAGUCACUGACCUGUUUCUCAUGAUUUUACAAGAAGUUUCAUCUGUCAGCCAGACAGAUAUGUUUUCCUCACCAGGCUCAUCAAUUAAAUCACCUAAUUUCCAGAGUUUUCAGUUUCAGUUAUCUGGUAGAUACAAAUUCUCUCCGAUUCUGUGUAGAACUAUACCUGUCUGUCAGUCACCAGGGACAGUUGCUGUGAAAGAGAAACCAUAUAGCUGUGGUAUAUGUCACAAAAUGUUUGUGCAGCUUAGUAGCUUGAAAUCACAUUUACUGAAUCACAAAGGACAGAAGCAACAUGUGUGUGCUGUGUGUGGGAAAUGCUUUGCAGUGCUGGGAAAUCUGAAGACACAUUCAUUGAUUCAUACUGGUGAGAAGCCACAUAAAUGUGGUGUGUGCAAUAAAGGAUUUACUGUUCGCAGCAAUUUGAAAGCACAUGAACUUAUUCAUACUGGACAAAAACCACAUGUGUGUAGGGAUUGUGGUAAAGCUUUCUGUGCCCUCAGUAAUCUUAAGACUCAUGAGCGAAUACAUACAGGUGAGAAACCAUAUGUAUGCGGUACAUGUGGCAAAGGAUUUACUGCACACAGCAAUUUAAAAACGCAUGAGUACAUUCAUACUGGAGAAAAGCCGCAUGUUUGUCACGUAUGUGGCAAGGCCUUUGCAGUGUAUGGAAAUUUGAAGAUCCAUAAACACCUACAUACAGAUCAUAAACCGUUUGAAUGUGGAUUUUGUGGUAAAGGAUUCACCCGCCGGGAUAUCCUCAACCAACAUGCGCUGGUGCAUAAUGAUAAAAGGGCUGAAAGUGAAGCUUUAGCUUUAGCACUUGUCUCAACAAAGCCAGUACUUAUUACUAGCAAUGCUGGGCAAAGUUAAUUGUAAGAAAUAUUUAUAUUACUAUAUAUUCUGUAUCAUUGUUCAUUUUAAGUGACAUUUCAGGACAUGCUAGGAAAUUCUUGGAAUUGUCUUCUUUAUAUAUCUGGAUAAUACUUUGUAGCCACCUCAGACUUCAUAUCUGAUGGAGAUCAUUCAUUUGAUGUAUCAAAGUAAAUAUGUAAGUUAAUUAAACAUAGUUAUGGUAAACAAA